AUGACGAUCAAGUCAGUCCGCACCUUGGCCACGACUCGGCAGCUGCCUUCGCCUCCAGCAGAUGAUUUGAGACCGUCAUCUCCCCGCGUCUGUGACGCUCCGGACUACCCUUUCAAAGGGUGGCAGCCUCCUCAGCCUGAAGGUUACAGACAGAGUGCUGCCACCUCGAUCGAGACCGCAUUUGUGAUAGAUAAUGGCUCCAGCACAGUUAAAGCGGGAUUCUCUUUCGACAAAGUCCCUCGCUUCAUGGUUCCCCCAAUCAUGGCUCGAUACCGCGAUCGCAAGAACAAUAAAGCCUGCACCUUUGUUGGCCAUGAUGCGUAUGCCGACGCUACGACAAGAGGGCAGAUCAGGAGCGCCUUUGAGCCAGGGACAAGUAUCGUCACCAAUUGGGACGUCAUGGAAGGCGUGCUCGACUAUGUUUUCAUCAAGUUGGGUGUGGACGAGGAGGGAGGGAUCGGAAGACCUGUAGUUAUGACAGAGCCGAUGGCGAACCUGGGUUACAGCAGAAGGAUGAUGAAUGAGGUGGUGUUCGAAUGCUACUCUGCACCAAGCGUUACAUAUGGCAUCGACAGCCUGUUCUCUUACCGCCAUAACAGAGGAGCAUCCGGUCUUGUCAUUUCUUCUUCACACACAGCUACGCAUCUCGUACCCGUUCUGGCGGGGAAGCCUCUCUAUCAGUCAUGUGCAAGACUGAACUGGGGCGGGUCACAGGCUCAAGAAUUCCUGCUCAAAUUGCUACGGUUGAAGUACCCAACUUUCCCUGGCAAAAUGAAUAUCGAACAAAUGGAGGAAUAUGUCAGACGAUAUUGCUACAUUUCGCAGGACUAUGAUGAAGAACUCUCUCAUUAUCUAGAUUGGUCAGGCCUUGAGGAGGAGCGCGACAUCAUCAUUCAAUAUCCGUACACGGAGCACAUUGCGCCGGAGAAAUCAACCGAGGAGCUUGUUCGCAUUGCUGAACGGAAAAAGGAAUCAGGUCGACGCCUUCAAGAGCAAGCAGCAAAGAUGCGUCUGGACAAACUUAUCAAGAAAGAGCAAGAAAUGGAGUACUACAAACAGUUGCACAUGAAUUACGUGAAUGCCCCAACCAAGAAAGAGCAGCGCAGAUUGUUGGAUGCCGACGACUUCAAGGACGAAGCAGCCCUCGAGCGUGUAAUUCGGGAACUUGAGAAAAAGAUCCGAAAAUCUCGCAACAAAGAUCUAGGUGCAGCAGAUGAGGAAGAGGGCAUGGAACAGCAGACCUUCCCUCUCCUUGACGUACCUGAUGAAGAGCUUGACGAACAAGGCAUCAAGGACAAAAGACACCAGCGCUUGCUGAAGUCUGGAGUGGAAGCUCGUCUUCGGGCCAAGGCGGAAAAGGAGCGGGAGAGAGCUCGGGUGGCCGAGGAGGAACGGUUGGAUCUCGAGAAACGGGAGAACAACUUUGACGAUUGGAUAGCUGGUAGACGGGUAGCAAGAGACAUCUUGCUCUCCAAGAUCAAGGACCGUGAGCGUUUGAAACAAGAUGCAGGAAACAGGAAGUCGCUAGCCAGCCAGAUGCGUAUGAAGACACUUGCCAAUCUGGCUUCGGACGGACCGAAGAGGAAGAGACGAGGAGGUGGCGAAUAUGAUGAUGACUUUGGCGCCAACGAUGAGGAUUGGGGUGUCUAUCGCACGGUAGCCACAGAGCCCGCAAGUGACGAAGAAGAAGAAGAAGAUCCAGCUGCUGCGCUUCGAAGCUUAGAAGCAGAGCUCCUCAGAUACGAUCCUGAUUUCACGGAGAAGGAGACGUUCGACGCCCAGAACGAUUGGACGAAGAGUCUGAUUCAUGCCUUCCUUCGCGGAGCUCGACCAUUUGAUCCGGAAAGUCAGAAAGAGGCACAUCAAAUACAUCUUAAUGUGGAAAGAAUACGUGUACCGGAGGUCAUUUUUCAGCCCGGAAUAGCAGGUGUCGAUCAAGCCGGAUUGGCCGAGAUUGCGGAGGGUAUCGUCAUGGGCAGGACAAAUCCGGCAGAGCAGCAAGCGCUGCUGAGGGACGUUUUCGUCACAGGCGGAAAUACGUUAUUUAAAGGGUUUGAGGAUAGGUUGCGUCGAGAAUUGAGAGGCGUAGUGGAUGCCAGCCUUAUGAUAAAUGUGAGAAGGGCCUCUGAUCCGGUAUUGGAUGCUUGGAAAGGAGCGGCAGGCUGGUGGAGCAAAUCAGCAUUGAGCGAGCGAAAUGCGGCCACAAUCACUCGAGAUGAGUACCUGGAGAAAGGAAGCGAGUACUUCAGGGAACAUUCUCUCGGCAAUUCUAUUGCGCCGGCAGCAAGUUCUGGGUCGUGA